ACUCAUUAUAGUCAUUGGUCAAAUUCCCUAGUUGAACUGUCAACUUGAAAGAAAAUUUAGGUUUCAGAAAAAACUUUUUGCUUAAAUAAGACGUAUUUUUAAAUAACGAUGGCAUCGGCAAUGGAUGUAGAUGUAGACGAAGUCGAAGUUCCAACCUCCAGCAGUUCCAAGGGCGAGAAGAAACGUUUCGAAGUAAAAAAGUGGAAUGCUGUGGCACUGUGGGCAUGGGAUAUUGUUGUUGACAACUGUGCGAUCUGUCGAAACCACAUAAUGGACUUGUGCAUUGAGUGUCAAGCCAAUCAAGCGUCUGCCACUAGUGAAGAGUGCACAGUGGCAUGGGGGGUUUGCAAUCACGCGUUUCAUUUUCACUGCAUCUCACGAUGGCUGAAGACUAGACAGGUUUGUCCUUUAGAUAAUAGAGAAUGGGAGUUCCAAAAGUAUGGUCACUGAUUAUUGGUCGUUAAAGUUAGGAUUUUUUUUGUUGAAUACUCCAUUUUCAUUUUUUUUUGUGGUCUUGAAUAAAUAAGGUAUUUCACAUGUGUCAGUUUUUUAAGUUAGGUUAUUAUUUGUAAAAUUUGUCUGUAUUUUGAAUAAAUUUUGCCCGUGUUUUCAUAUGUA